UUGCGCGAAACGAAUAUUAGCACUCCAGUUGAAGACAACAGUCUAUGAAACAAACGUCUCUAGUUUAGAAACGUCUGCUUUAAAACAUUCCAUAUAACAUUCUUGUUUUGAAAUAAUCUUUAUCCAAGGAAUAACGUCACUUGUGCGAUUUAUUCUUCAGAAUAGGCGGAGCGACUUGACAGAAUGAAUCAAUUUGAACCUUUAAAAGACGAGGAAGUGGAGGACCAUGAAGACCAGGUAGUCUCACGGGAGGACAAGAAUGACACUGACGGGACUGUAAACAACAACAAUAAUAACCGGCGGAAGACUAUCUCCCCAGCAGCAGGAGAACAUCCGCUUCAGUAUAACUACACCUUUUGGUACUCGCGCAGAACGCCUAGCCGGCCUGCCAACACACAAAGCUACGAACAAAACAUCCGCCAGAUCGGUACUGUGGCCUCGGUGGAGCAGUUCUGGAAGUUCUACAGCCAUCUGGUACGGCCUGGUGACCUCACGGGACACAGUGACUUCCACCUCUUCAAGGAGGGCAUCAAACCGAUGUGGGAGGACGAGGCCAAUAAGAACGGAGGGAAGUGGAUCAUCCGGUUGCGUAAGGGCCUGGCAUCCCGCUUCUGGGAGAACAUCAUCCUGGCCAUGCUGGGAGAGCAGUUCAUGGUCGGGGAGGAGAUCUGCGGUGUGGUGGUGUCCAUACGCUUCCAGGAGGACAUCCUGUCCAUCUGGAACAAGACGGCCAGUGAUCAGGUUACCACCUCCCGAAUCCGUGAUACCUUGAGGCGUGUUCUCAACCUACCACCAAAUACCAUUAUGGAGUAUAAGACCCACAAUGACAGCCUCAAGGAUAACUCAAGUUUUCGUAACACGAAGAUUACGUUGUGACAACAUUCCUGCAACACUGACACAGAGCCGCAUGUAGAGGGGAACUCUGACAGACUGGAUGGAUUAAUGAAUCAAUGGACAGAUGUUUGGAUGUGCACAUGAAUCUUUUCCCCUCUGCUUUUUUCCUCGUCCAAUGCCGAAAUGACGUCUGUGUUGAAUGAGUGGAGCAUUGGAGUUAACAUUUUGAUGGGACCACACGCACACGCACACACACGCACACGCACGCACACACACACACACACACACACACACACACACACACACACACACACACACACAAACUCGGACACAGGCACAGCUCAAGAGAAGAGGGACAUUGAAGCAUGGUCGUCUCCCUUGAACAUCUCCCUUAUCUUUGUAAAAAGCAUUUGUAAAGAUGUAAAUGACUAAGUAAUGUUGAUCUAAUUCAUUCGCCUCAUUUUCCUCCCUUUCUUUGAUUUUUUUUUGAUUAUUUUUUUAAUUACCGACAUCAUUUUAAUGUGGUACUGAUGCCCACAUGUAAUUCGUUACUCUGUCAGUAUUGGCAGCCUCUGGUGUACACCACUAAACUCUCAGAACAUCACAGAAUUCCUGGUUUCUUACUGACGUGCAAGGCUGUUAAAGGUGUAGAUCUCCUAUUGACACCCAUAACACUGAGGCCCAUCCAACAGGUAGAAGGCUCAUUGAGGCCGGCAUACCUGACAGCAGUGUUUAGUUCAUGCUUCAUGUAAUUUAAGCCUUUCGGUCCACCUGGAGGGAGGUGGACUUAUGGGCAACGACUAGUUUAUCACAUUGAAAACAGUAUGUUGCACCCAAGUAAUGCAUUUUCAGUACAUAAAACGGUGCAAGAAUCAACGAUAGUUUUUAAUGUGGAUAUGUCCACACUUCCUACUCACCCCACCUUUUGCAGUCAAAUCCAGAUAUUAAACAUUUUAAUUAUCUGCAGCCUGUCUGAUGAGUUGAAGAGCUGUUAAAGGGGAGGGGGGGACUCCAAAGUCCAGUGUGGGUCACUAUUAGGCGUGAUCCGUGUUCCUGCUCCAUCACUUGUGUGUGGCAGCAGGAUGGAGAACAAGGUUUUGACUUUGUCCAGUAAGUGUUGCAUAGGCAACUCAGCCUCAUUAAAGACAGGUCUUCAUUGUUUGUCAUGUAAAGUGAUUUUGGCAGGAAGUGUUUUGAGGUUUGCUGGCCUAGACCAUCUUAGUGACCCUUGUAUGCAACUUAAAAAUGCUAUUUGGGGAACCAUUUUCACCUGUUACAAAUGUGUACUGCAGUACAUUUUUCUUUCUUGAUUCAUUUAUAUUCUUGGUUUUAUAUAAAUAAAAGAAUCUAGAAAUCUGA